AUGGCCAGAAAGCUUGCAGAUCUGUAUUUAAUUGCAUUCCAAUUAAUUGCCAGAUUUACAAGUGGUAAUACUUUUAGUCAGAUUUCCUUAAAACGAGAGGACUGCUGCGUGACCGUUCCGUCCUCUGACCGUUCCAGAGGUCGACGUCGGCAUUCUUCUGAAAAUGUUUCAAUGGAACCAGUGGACUCAUCCAAUGAAAAAGGAAAUUUUUCUCCUAUACAAGUAGACAACACGCUUUUAAAGAACACUGACCCUGUAGAACUGACUUUGUCAUAUGUUAAAACAUGGUCAAAAUAUACCAAGCACGUUGUGUCAUGGGUUGAAAUAAAGCUUAACUUUGAAUUGGAGUCCAGUAGAAAUAUUGUCAAGUUGGCAGAGGCAACUAGAACUAACUUUGGACUACAGGAGUUUAUGCCACUGCAGUCUGUAUUUACCAGUGCUCUUACUAAUGAUAUAGAGAGGGGUCACCUUCUACAACAAACAAUGGCAUCUCUCCAAGCCAACAAAUUUGUACAGCCUCUACUUGAGAGGAAAAAUGAAAUGGAAGAAAAAUGGAAAGACAUAGAAGAACUUUGGAAACAGGAACAAAAUAAAGUGCUUGAAACAGAGACUGCUCUUCAAAAGGCAAAAUUGUUAUGCACACAACAUCAAGAUGAAUAUGAAAAAGCAAAAUCUUCCAUGUUUCGUGCAGAAGUGGAGCAUCGAUCCUGGAGUGCCAGAUUAGUAAAACAUGGCAAGAAGCAGCUGGAAAAAAAGCGAAGGCUAGAAGAGGAGGCUCUUCAGAAAGUAGAGGAAGCAAAUGAAUUCUACAAAGUGUGUGUGAUAAAUGUUGAAGAAAGACGAACUGACCUAGAAAUUAUUAAAAGAGCAAUUUUAACACAACUCCAGAAACUUAUUUUCCAGUGUGAUCUUACCCUUAAAGCUGUAACAGUUAACCUCUUCCAAAUGCAACAAGUACAGGCUGAUUCCCUUGCAAAAAGUUUACAAUCUUUCUGUGAUAGAGCCAAACUCUAUGAUCCAGGCCAAGAGUAUAGUAAGUUUGUCAAGGCCACAAAUUCAACCGAAGAAGAAAAACUUGAUGGGAGUGUAACUAAACCAUCAACAAGUAGCUCCCACCCUUCUGGAUACGGACCUGCUGACUCCUUAGAGGAUGCCGUGGGCCUUCCACACAGAUCCAAUAAGAUAGAAGAGAACAGAUGCUCUACCAGUGCAGAUGUAACAGGUUCUUCUUUUGUACGGUGGUGGAUGUUUGGGAUGGUCAGUAACUCCGAGAGCACUGGCGGAAGCAGUGAGUCCAGAUGUCUGGACUUGGAAUCUAUCAGCCCAGGAGACUUUCACCAAAAACUUCCACAAACUCCAUCCAACGGAACAAUGUCUUCUGCGGACGAUCUGGAUGAAAGAGAGCCACCUUCCCCUUCAGAAGUACCCAAUUCAGUUGGGAUAUGCAAGAAAACAUUGAUGUCAAAGGCAGCUCUCACUCACAAGUUUCGCAAAUGGAGAUUCCCCUCGAAAUGUCGGAAUUGUGAAGGCAUCGUAGGAUUCCGGGGUGUUGAAUGUGAAGAGUGUCUGCUUGUUUGUCACCAGAAGUGUUUAGGAAAUUUAAUCAUUAUUUGUGGCCAUCAAGAACUUCCGGGAAAAACACACUUAUUUGGAGCAGAAUUCAUGCAGCUUGCAAGAAAAGAACUAGAUGGCAUCCCUUGUAUACUCAAAAUAUGUGUCUCAGAGAUUGAAAGUAGAGCCUUGUGUCUACAGGGUAUCUACCGUGUCUCUGGAAAUAAAAUAAAAACGAAAAAACUCUGUCGAGCUUUGGAACAUGGAAUGCACUUGGUAGACAUUUCAGAAUUUAGUUCACAUGACAUCUGUGACGUCUUGAAAUUGUAUCUUGGAAAGCUCCCAGAGCCCUUUAUCUUAUUCCGAUUGUACAAUGAAUUCAUAGACCUUGCCAAAGAGAUAGAACAUGCAAAUGAAGAACAAGAGACAAAAAAGGAUGGUCUCGAAGACAAAAAAUGGCCAAGUGCAAGUAUAGAAAUAAAUCGAAUUCUCCUAAAGAGCAAGGACCUUCUGAGACAAUUGCCAGCAUCCAAUUUUAACAGUCUUCAUUACCUCAUCAUGCAUCUUAAGCGAGUCGUUGAUCAUUCCGAUGAAAACAAGAUGAACUCCAAAAACUUGGGGGUGAUUUUUGGACCAAGCCUCAUUAGGCCAAGGCCCACAACUGCUCCUGUGACCAUCUCCUCUCUCACUGAAUACUCAAACCAAGCGCGGCUGGUAGAGUUCCUCAUUACCUACUCCCAGAAGAUCUUUGAUGGCUCUCUGCAGCCACAAGACGUAGCUAUGUGUAGUACAGGCGACGUUUCACCCCAGGUGGAUCAAGGCUGCCAUCCAAAGCCUCUACUAUCCCCAGAAGAUAGAGACCCAGAACAUUUGACGAAGUCACUCUUUUUCUCCUCAAAGGAAGAUAUGCACAGUGCAGACGGUGAGAACAAAACUCUUGAACCAGUUGCCUCGUUUGAGGAAUCGGAAGGAAAGCAGGAUGCAUCAGAAGAGUGGGAUGCGUGUCUCAUUGACAACAAAGUGCGUUUGCUUGCAGACCAAGGACUUGAGUCUGUACCAGAAAAGACGGAAGAUGUUUGUAAAAUCUCCAGGCCAUUUACUCUGAAACCUGAUAAGGAAACAAACAGUGCUGUUGAGAGGGGUACUCGAAGGGCCAAGAGUAGACCUGUAAGUUUGCCUGUGGAUAGACUGCUGCUUCUUGCAAACCCUCCUCAUGAGAGAAAUGGCAGAAAUAUGGGAAAUGUAAACUCAGACAAAUUGUGCAAGAAUCCUACCUUUGACGGAGUUAAUACCCCUACUCUUUGUUGCAAAUUUGAUGGCUUUGACCAGCAAACUCUUCAAAACCCUGGGGAGAAACAGGAUGAACCUAAUGGCCUAAAUGCAAAGAUGGCACUGAUUGUGCCCAGUGCCCUCCGGGAAGGAGGAGUGACGACGAGCAUCAGGAUCAGUGGGGACCAUGUGGUCAGUGCCACCCAGCCCAGUAAGCCGUGCCCAGAACCAGUCAGGUCAGCAAGACAGGUGUCGGAGGGACGGUCCUCUGACUCCUGCCCUGCUGCCCCUGUCAGAGCGCCCAGAACACUGCAGCCCCAGCACUGGACAACGUUUUACAAACCACAUGCUCCCACUGGUAGUGUGAGAGGGGCUGAGGAGAAACCUGUGGCAUCCUCCCCCAAAGUGCCUCCUGGCUCAGCUCACACUUGUCGGGAGCAUGUGCUGAAAUCAAUGUCAGACUCAGAAAACGCACCAGCUCCUUGUCCCUUGCAGCCCACAGGUAAACCUAAGGAGAACUGCGAGGAGCAUGACUUGCCCAAUGUGCACCCGACAUGUCAGAGACCAAGGCUUAAGCGAAUGCAACAGUUUGAGGACCUGAAAGAUGAAGCCCCACAGUUUGUGUAGGGGUGUCAGAAUUCAGCUUCUCCUCUAUAGUUGUUUUGUUUUGUGGUAUUGUGUUUGUUUUGUGAGAGAAUUUUGACAAGGCCCCUUUUGUAUAGGAUUGCCAAAGUGUGGAUUUUGCUUUUCGUCAUUGUAUGUGUUACCCUGUGUUGGGUGUACUGAACUCUAGAAUGUUGUGAUAGGGCCGCAUGUGUGUCUCACUGGAAUUAUCUGUAUUUUUGAAGUUGUGCAUAAGUAGGCAAACUGAUAUUUGUUAAAGUUUAUUUGAUUUUCUCCAUAAAGUGGUCCAUUCAAAUGCAUCCCUAAUAUAUGACGUAGUUCUCAACUAAUAGCUGCCAUUGGGGAUAAUCGUCUUUAUUUUUCUGAAAUAAAACUAUGUGCUUAUUUAUAAAAGUAAUGUUCCUGAAUGCAAGUGCCUGAAAGGUCUUUGUUUGGUAUGAUAUUUUAAAAGACAAUUUUAUAGUGUGUCUUUGACCAUUGUGCUUUUUACGGUAUGUAUGCAACCUUUUAUUUUUCA